AUGCGUAAAAUAGACUUUGUUUUAAGUCCUUUAGAUCAAUUUGAAAUUAGAGAUUUAUUUUCAUUAAACGCCAAUUUAUUUGGAAAUAUUCAUUUAUCUUUAACAAAUAUAGGAUUAUACUUAUCAAUAGUACAUAGUAUAGUUAUAAAUCAACUUAACCCAACUAAAGGACAAAUAUACUUCCCUUUUAUCUAUGCAUUAUUUAUAUUUAUAUUAGUGAAUAAUUUAAUAGGAAUGGUUCCAUAUAGUUUUGCAUCUACUUCACAUUUUAUAUUAACAUUCUCUCUUAGUUUCACAAUAGUAUUAGGUGCAACAAUCUUAGGUUUCCAAAAACAUGGAUUAAAAUUCUUUUCAUUAUUUGUACCUUCAGGUUGUCCUUUAGUAUUAUUACCUUUAUUAGUUUUAAUUGAAUUUAUUUCAUAUUUAUCUAGAAAUGUUUCAUUGGGAUUAAGACUUGCAGCUAAUAUCUUAAGUGGUCACAUGCUUUUAAGUAUAUUAAGUGGAUUUACUUAUAACAUAAUGACUUCAGGUAUAGUAUUUUUCUUCUUAGGUUUAAUACCUUUAGCUUUUAUUAUUGCAUUCUCUGGAUUAGAAUUAGCUAUUGCAUUUAUCCAAGCUCAAGUUUUUGUUGUAUUAACUUGUUCUUACAUUAAAGAUGGAUUAGAUUUACAUUAA